AUGCCCCUCCUUUCCACGGCCCGGAAGGCCAUAACAGACCCCCGCUCAACCCGCUGGACAGCACCCUUCCAGCUUGCCGGCGAUGCAGUCCUCUGCGUCCUCAUCAUCUACACAAUCCCAUACACGGAAAUAGACUGGCGCACCUACAUGCAACAAAUCCACCUCUACACCCUCGGCGAGCGCGACUACGCCAAACUCUCCGGCGACACAGGCCCCCUCGUCUAUCCCGCCGCCCACGUCUACAUCUACCGCCUCCUCUACACCCUCACAAAUGCCGGCCAAAACAUCGCCCUCGCCCAAUGGCUCUUCGUCACCCUCUACCUUCUCACCCUCUGGACCGUCAUGCAAUGCUACCGCGCCGCCAACGUCCCACCGUGGGUGUUCCCGCUGUUGAGUUUGAGUAAACGGGCGCAUUCUAUUUUCAUGUUGAGGUUGUUUAAUGAUUGUUUUGCGGUGCUGUUUUUGUGGGUUGCGGUGGCGUUGUGGCAGAGGAAGUUGUGGACGUUGGGGACGUUGGUGUUUGGUUUUGGGGUCGGGGUGAAGAUGAGUUUGUUGCUGGCGUUGCCGGCCGUGGGGGUUGUGUUGUGGCUGGGGAUGGGGAGGAAUAGGGCGUUUUAUCAGGCGCAGGUGAUUGGGCAGUUGCAGACGUUGCUGGCGUACCCGUUCAUUCUGGGUGGUGUGAAGACCUACGUUACGAGGGCUUUUGAGUUCUCGCGGGUCUUCAUGUACAAGUGGACUGUUAAUUGGCGGUUCGUGGGAGAGGUGGUAUUCCUCAGCAAGCCCUUCUCAUAUGCGUUGAUCGGUACGCACUUGACGUUGCUAUAUACGUUCGGUGUUGGCAGAUGGCUGCAACCUGCAGGCUGGAGCGUACAGGAUGCGAUCAACAACUUCCUCUUCCCUCCAUCAAAGGAAGCGUCCGCUCGAAUCGCCCGCAGGGUGACACCGGAGUUCAUUCUGACGUCCAUUCUCUCAGCCAUGCUCAUCGGCUGCCUCUGCGCAAGAAGCUUGCACUACCAGUUCUACGUCUAUAUCGUCUGGUCGACGCCGUUCCUGCUCUGGCGGAGCGGGAUGCGUCCAGUACUGAUAUACGCCGUGUGUUUGGCACAAGAAUGGGCGUGGAAUGUGUAUCCCAGCACAGACGUCAGUUCGAUGGUGGUCGUCGGUUGUCUGGCAGCAACCCUGGGAAGUGUCUGGGUUGGCACAAGUCCAUAUCUCGAAGCUAAGCCGGACGCAGCUCCGGCAAAAGCCAGUGGUCAUGCGCAUGCACAUGCAGAGUAA